UUUGUCCUCUCCAACUACUGUUUGUUUUACUAUAAAGACAGUAGAGAAGAAUCUGUGCUGGGCAGCAUCCCACUCCCAAGCUAUAAAAUCCUAUUCUGCACACCACGAGAAUGCAAGAACAGAAAGUUCACCUUCAAGGUGGUGCACCAGGGAAUGCGCUCUUAUUUCUUCAGUGCUGAUACUCAGGAGGAUAUGUUGGGUUGGGUCCGAGCCCUCAGCCAGUCUGCUGCUAUGGAGCCAGACAGCUCCAUGAACAGGCGUUGCUCAAGUUAUCAGGAUUUCACACAGAUAGGUGGCAGCAGUGAAUCAGUGGACUACCCUAAAUCCCCUUCUGAUGGAGAGGGUCCCUCUCAUAAACUGAGGCAUGUCAGCAGAACUCUGAGUGAACCGAGUCAUCUCAGUGGUGGGAGAAUGGGGGCAUCCUACACAGAGAGGGGAAGGAGGAAUGUGCGGCAAAGAAACAGCAGCCCGUCGCCCCGAACACCCAGCCCUUAUGAUUUCAGCAGAAGAAGAGCUUAUGGUCCAAGCCACGAAGAAGAUUCUCUUCCCUAUAUGUCUGGCCAAAACACACCGCCCACACAGUCAGACAUCAUGGGAACAGGUUCUUUGACCCCAAGAGGGCAGCUGGGAUCACGACCUCACACACCAGUAGGAAGGGUUGACAUCCGACCCCAGGACGACCAGGGCAUGGUGCCACAGACCCUGCACUACUCACCUGCCUCACCUAAACUUGAGUACAAAUCCGGCCCUAAUACUCCAGUUACAGAAAGGUGGCAGAACAUAAGCAAGCCCAUACCUACAUAUGGUUCUGUCCAUCAUAUCCAGAGUGGGCGAAGACCUUUGGGAAAGAGCUACUCUACAGGAGCACAUGCAGAUUUACUGCCCCCUUUGCCCCCCUCAUCGAGAACUUCACAUGCUCCCCUCCCCCCACACCACCACCACCACCAUCACCAUCACCGCAGCCAUUUAUCUGUUUGUCUGCUACCGCCAGCUAUGGCCCCAAAGCCUGACCUGAGGGAAAUCCCACCAGUCAGACCCCUUGAGAGUGAUGCAGAUGCUGUGUUGACAAGGUUGUGUGGGUGUGACAAGCUGCUACAGUCGCUGUCUGUAGAACUGGCCCAGCUACAAAUGGAUAAGGACAGUGUCCAGUGUGCGUUAGAAGUGUCCAGACUGCAGCUGGAGGAGUGGAACAGUCAGGGGCCCCAGGCCCAGGAGGAGGCACUGACCCAGAAGGCUUUGCUCCAAGAAGAUCUAGUCACAAUUCGGGCCAGAAUGUGUGAUGUAUCAUUGGAAAUGGAGCGGGUUUGGAGUCAAUAUGAGAGAAUGGAGAGUGAACUGUCUGUUAUUCGUUCACACCUUCAGCACAUCUGUCACUUUGGAAUGCCACAGGAGCAGUCUCAGGCCCAGAGAGAGCUGUGGAUGAUGGAAGACAUUCUCGCUGGACUGAAGGUCAACAGGGAUCAAUUUCGCUUCCUGCUGGGACUACAGAGGCACCACAUGUUCCAGCCGACAGCCCCACAUCCUGGAUCUCCUGGCUCUCCAACUGAGAGGCUGCAGAGUGGACUGCCAAUGGAUGUAGAACAAGAGCCUCCAGUCCGCCCACCGUUACCCCAGGAGCUACAGGAAAGCAACCAGAGCAGGGACCACAGCCACGGCUGGAUAGAGUCACCAUAUGAGGGGAUCUACAGCCACCCUGCAGAUCCAGUACACAAAAGAGGAAAUAACCAGCCUGACCUCCUUAAUGUGAAAGCACAGAAAGACACAUCCGAAUCCCAGUCUAGCUCAAAGUGGAUCACACAAGAUACAAUGAACCAAUCAAGCAAGAAGAUGAAGAUGAGUGAAGAGGAGCAGAUUGAGAGGAUGAAGAGGAAUCAGGAGAGGAUGACUAACAGGAAGAAACCCCCCAUACCCUCUUCAGGUGCCCAAACCCAGAGUCAAAGUGCAGACAUACAAGAGGAGCCCCCUUUUCCUUUAAGAGUGACACGAGUUGUAACAGCUGUACUGCCGUCCUCUCUUGUGGCCAGACGGGUUUCUGUUGAGGAUCCCCCACCUGAGCUUGACACUCCGCUGCUUGAGCAGAUCCCACCUGAGAUGCAGCAGAGCCUGGCUGAGCAGAGUAAAAAAAUGUUGAACAAGCCGCCCAGGCGGUUGCUGAUAGACAGCCCUGAUCAAAGCCGGUCCUCAGCAGAGAUGCACCAGGAUCAGCCCGUUAAAAAUACAAGCAGACAGCAGCAUCAGAGGGUAUCCAGGACCUCUAAGAGGGAGUCACGGCUAGAAAUGAUCAGAGCUGAGCCUACAGACACCUCAAGGGCCCAAGUUCGAGACCAAGAAAGUUUAGGAAACGCAGAGCAGCGGCACUCUGCCCUCCUGACCCUUGACAUGGACCCUGAACUCUGUAUGACCCCUGAGCAGCGAGAGGCCAAACUCAGACGCGUGGAACGAAUACGGGAGAGAGUCAUACAAAGGUAG